CUCUUUUUGUUUUCCGCAGAACACCAUCAUCAUUGAAAUUUAAACACAAGAGAAAAUGGAAGAACAACAAAUCUGAAUACCAACAACUUGGUGUGGAAACACAACAUCAUCAUCAUCCAGACUUGUGUUGAUCUUGGCCUCUUUGGGUAUAAACUAGCUCAUAUUUCAAAAAAAAAAAUGAUUUGGGGGAAUCAUAUAAUGGAAACGUCAAGAGAGUUUCUUAAUAUAUAGCAGAUCACAAUAAAACUAUUCGAUAUUACCAAAAGAGUUAUUGAUAAAAUAUGUUGGCAUUCGUGAAAUGCUUCUCGUUGAAGCGAACAAAGCAUCCUCGUGGAUAUGAGGAUCCUCAUGUUCUUGCAUCCGAAACUCCCUUUACGGUGAAUGAGAUAGAGGCUUUACACAAUCUGUUCAAGAAGCUAAGUACAUCCAUUAUCAACGAUGGUCUUAUCCAUAAGGAAGAGUUUCUUCUGGCUUUGUUCAGAAACAGCAGUAUGCAAAAUCUAUUUGCAGACAGGGUGUUUUAUAUGUUUGAUAGGAAACGAAACGGUGUGAUUGAGUUUGGAGAAUUUGUUCGUUCCCUUAGCAUCUUCCAUCCAUACACUCCCGAACAUGAAAAGUCCGCAUUUAUGUUCAAGCUUUUUGACCUCCACGGAACCGGCUUCAUCGAGCCCCAUGAGCUGAAGAAGAUGGUGGGCGCACUAUUAGGUGAAACAGACUUAGAGCUAUCGGAAGAAGCUAUUGAAGCUAUCGUGGAACAGACGAUGAUUGAGGUUGAUACAAACAAAGAUGGGAAGAUUGAUGAAGAAGAGUGGAAAGAUCUCGUAGCGAAGAAUCCUUCAAUCCUCAAGAACAUGACUCUGCCUUACCUCAAGGAAGUGACAUUAGCAUUUCCAAGCUUUGUACUGGACUCCGAAGUAGAAGACUAAGAGAGAGCAUGGAGCAUCGAGGAUGCCUUGGGGGGGAAAAAAAGUCUGAAAGCAAUGAUUCUUACAAAAUUUUAUUAUGUAUGUUUCAUGUCCGCGGUUUUAAUUAAUUAGUUACUUACUGUUGAUGAUAUAUAAUGAUUCAAUUCCAAGGGAAUUUUACAAACAAUCUUCUUCGAUUAAUAAAUCUUUUAAAGGUUUUUUCAA